AUGAUGUUGCAAUAUAACAUUCUUUGGCUUGAUCAAAAUUCGUCAGAUCCAAUGAGUAGUUUUCGUGCUAAACUUGGCGAUGCCCAAACAUUCACAAAUGUUAAUGAUUGUAUUCAGUACAUUCAAUCUCAUCCAAAUGAUCCCAUUUAUCUCAUUGUUUCGGGUUCGUUGGCUAAAGAAGUCGUUCCAGUAAUCUAUGAAUCUUCAAAUCUUGUACAAAUCUUUCUUUUUUGCGGAUCAAUUUCUACUUAUUCGGAAUGA